UACAAAGGAGCUGGAUUACAUGAUCAUUGUAAUAUUAAAGAACAGGGAAGUCAAGCGCAUCUAAUAAGAAAAUGUGUUCUUGAUGGCAGUCUUAUACCUGUGUCACACGGGCACAUUUGGAAGGCCUUCCAGUCGACGGCCUUCGAAACGCCACAACUCUAUCGACUCAAAGGAGUUGUCGCGCUGCUACACGGCACUUUUGAAAGGCCGUUGAGUGGUUCAGGCGUUUCUCGCAAAAUUCUGUGGCGCUGCGGCCCUUUAUUUUCGUUUUCGUGUCGCAAAAAGUUAAACAACAUUAAAAGCGCUUAAAAGCACUAUAAUUUCCCUUAUGUUUGUUUAUACAUUAAAAUAAAUGUUUAUACAUUGCUAUACAUAUAUGUUUAGUUUUUAAGUUGCCAAGUAGCGAAACUGCGGCAACGUUCGCUCCGCUCGAUGCGGCUGCCGUUCUGGUGUGUGUGCACGUUUCUCUUCAAAGUGCGCCCAUAGAGAAAGAAAUUGUGCGCCUUGCGCUUCGACCGCAUUCUUGCUCUACCGCUAUGGGUGACAGAGAGACAGAUGCUCAAGAUGACAAGACUGCUAUGAUAACCUAUAUGGGUGCUAUCAUGCAGCUUGAUGCCGAGAUUGAGGCGGCAAAAGCGGAAGCCAACGCCAUCGAGGAAGAGCUGCUGGUCGUCAACAAUUUGAUGAUGACGAUAGACUCGGUGACCGAACGAAGCGUCAACAGAGAUAGAUGGUCGUUCUCUCGCCGGACGAGGUGGUUUGAGGAGACUGUGCCAUUGCUUGGUGAGAAGUUUUUCAAACGUGCAUUCCGCGUAACGCCGGCGACUUUUCGCUACAUCGUGGACGCCGUGAGACCGCUGCUCGAGCGUCAGAACACGAACAUGCGUGAAGCCAUCACGCUCGAUAAACGUGUAGCGAUUGGCUUGUACCGGUUGUGUUCUUCAGCUGAAGACCGUAGUGUCGCCGAAUUGUUUGCUGUGGGACGCUCAACCGUCAACGUGGCCUACAGAGAGUUGUGCGAGGCUGUUAUCCACACUAUGGAGGCGGAGUGGAUCAAGAUGCCCACAGCUUCAAGCAUGGCCGAGCACAUUCGCGAGUUCACGGCCACGUUGGAAUUCCCGCAAGCCAUGGGAGCACUAGACGGGUGCCAUUUCCCCGUUUCACCGCCCAGGGAGAGCGCCACCGACUAUAGGAACUAUAAAGGAUGGUACAGCAUCAUCCUCCUCGCACUGGUAGACCACAAGUAUAGGUUCCGGUACAUCAAUGUGGGUUCUCCUGGCCGCUGCCACGAUGCAUAUGUCUACCACCGGUCAAGACUAGCAGACGCAGUCAAGCGCCCCCUGUUCCGCCGACCACUAGCAACAAUCAGUGGUACAGCUGUGCCACCCUUAAUACUAUGCGACCAAGCAUUUCCACUCACUGUAAACCUCAUCAAGCCAUUCAGCCACAGGGCACAGUUAAGUGAAGAACAAAGGUUAUUUAAUUACAACCUUUCCAAAGCCCGACGGAUUGUGGAAAAUGCCUUUGGUAGGCUCAAGGCAAGAUUUCGAUUUAUCUUGAAAAGGAUGGAGUGCAACAUCGACAAUGCCCGCCUUGUCAUUCGUGCCUGCUGUGCCCUGAACAAUGUGUGCGAGCAUUUUGGUGACACUGUGCUCCAACACUGGUUGGUCGAGGCUCAAAACAAUGAUGGCGGCCUCCAUCAGCCUGACCACAGCACAGAUGCUGAGGAAGGCACAGGCGGUGAUGUGAGAGCAGCUCUUGUCAGGCACUUCCAGCAGAGCUGAGAAUUUUAUGCUGAAGCUUUGUGGACGUUCAUGCUUCGGUAGGUUAGUGAGUCCACUGUCAUCAUCAAAUACUUGUGCGCCUAGCAGAAGUUAAUUUCUACUAAGCGCACAAGUAUUCUGCACUCAAAAGAGCGAUUUAGCACACAUUGAAGAAAGUAUUCUGUACAAAACCCACAAGAUGGGUGAAGUAAGGAAUGGAAAAUGAGGCAUCCAUACAAUUGCAGCAAAUUCCUACAAUGAAAACCCGUACACUCUUGACCAAACAGGUUUCCUUUGUAACAAUCUGUUGCGAUUGGGUGGAUGCUGCAUUUUCCAUUUCCUAAUUACAGCAACGUUAUUUUGAGCUUUUUUCUAAAUAUCUUGACAUUGCAUUAAAAAACUUUUCUUGCAUUUG